AACCGACUAGGCACGCACACGUACGUAGCUCACUAGCUCCUCUCCUCUCUUCACUCUCAUCACCGGCCGGCAGCCUGAUAAUGGGCAGCUCCGUGGACAUCGCCGACGUCACUGCCAGCGUCACCUCUGUCUUGGCCGUCCCCGACGACAAGCCAGCGUUCCAGCCGCUCGACCCCGAGGACGUCCGCGCCUACCUCCACAAGGCCGUCGACUUCGUCUCCGACUACUACGCCAACGUUGAGUCCAUGCCCGUCCUCCCGGACGUCAAGCCAGGCUACCUGCAGGGCGAACUUAUGUCGUCUCCACCCACCUAUUCCACGCCGUUCGACGUCACCAUGAAGGAGCUCGGGGCCUCUGUAGUCCCUGGCAUGACGCACUGGGCCAGCCCAAACUUCUUCGCGUUCUUCCCUGCCACCAACAGCGCCGCCGCCAUCGCUGGCGACCUCAUCGCCUCUGCCCUGAACACCGUCGGUUUCACGUGGCAGGCCGCCCCCGCGGCAACCGAGAUGGAGGUUCUUGCUCUCGAUUGGCUUGCGCAACUCCUUCGCCUGCCCGCCACAUUCAUGAACCGCACCAGCACUGGCAGUCGUGGCACCGGCGGUGGUAUCAUCCUCGGUACCACCAGCGAGGCUAUGCUGGUCACGCUCGUCGCCGCUCGUGACGCCGCGCUGCGUCGGAGUGGCUCUAUAGGCGUCUCCGGCUUGCCACGCCUGGCAGUAUACGCCGCCGACCAAACCCACUCCACCUUCUUCAAGGCAUGCCGCCUCGCUGGGUUUGAUCCCGCCAACAUCCGCUCCAUCCCUACAACGGCAGAGAACCACUACGAGCUCGACCCGGCCAAGCUAUUCGAGUCAAUGCAGGCUGACGUUGAUGCUGGCCUCGUGCCGACAUACGUAUGCGCCACGGUGGGUACCACGUCCUCCAACGCUGUCGACCCGGUGGGCGUUGUCGCUGAGGUUGCCGCAUUGUUCGGCGCGUGGGUCCAUGUCGAUGCCGCCUACGCCGGCAGCGCCUGCAUAUGUCCAGAGUUCCGCCACCACCUCAAUGGAGUCGAGCGCGUGGACUCCAUUAGUGUCAGCCCACACAAGUGGCUCCUUACCUGCCUCGACUGCACCUGCCUCUACGUCCGCGACGCUCGCCGCCUGAGUGACUCCAUGGAGACCAACCCAGAGUACCUAAAGAACGAUGCCACCGACUCUGGCGAGGUCACCGAUCUCAAAGAUAUGCAGGUCGGCGUGGGCCGCCGCUUUCGCGGGCUCAAGUUGUGGAUGGUCAUGCGCACCUAUGGCACCGCCAAGCUCCAGGAGCACAUCCGGAGUGAUAUCGCCAUGGCCAAAAUGUUUGAAGGUCUUGUCCGCGCAGACCACCGGUUUGAGAUCGUUGUGCCUAGGAACUUUGCCAUGGUAUGCUUCAGGAUCAAGGCCAGUGGAGCCAUGACCGAGGAGCAUGCUGAUGAGGCCAACCGUGUGCUGAUGAAGAACCUAAAUAAGACCGGUAAGGCAUACAUUGCGCACACAGUGGUUGGUCAUAGGAUCGUGCUCCGGUUUGCGGUGGGGUCAUCGCUGCAGGAGGAGAGGCAUGUGAGGAGUGCUUGGGAGCUCAUCAAGAGCACAACCAACAAGAUGAUGAUGGAAUAAGUGGUGUGCACUUGCACAGAAUUUGAGAGGGGGAAAUUACUUCAAAUGAAGACACAACUACAUGUACAUCCUACAUUUUAAUAAAUUUUACCUUUGCCUUUUA